AGCUGACAAUUGUCACCCCCCCCAACCCCCAGAGUGGACCGAGUGGACUGAAUUGAUAAACAGGCCGAGCGAGUGCCACCUGCACCGCGACACCCAAGCAUCACAGCUCGCCUGUCGUCCUUCUUCUUCCUACACGGAGUUCGGGACUACGCUUUCCCGGCGUGGGGGGGUUCACGCAUGACCGAAGCAGCAUGGCAGCCGAAAUCGAACCGCGACCGCAGGUUCGGAAGCCAUGUUUGUUGAGCAAGAUCGACGCCUUCCAGGACGUGGUGAGCGCGGCGGUCAUUAUCCCCAAGGAGGACGGCGUCAUUAGCGUGUCGGAAGACAGGACAAUUCGGGUUUGGAUAAAGCGGGACAGCGGCCAGUACUGGCCCAGCAUCUACCACGCGAUGCCAUCUUCAUGCUCAUGCAUGACCUUUAACCCGGAGACCAGGCGUCUGCUGGUGGGCAUGGAUACAGGAAAUGUUUUCGAGUUUAUUUUAUCCGAGGAUUACAACAAGAUGACUCCCACGCAUACCUACCAGGCCCACCAGGGUAGAGUGACGGUGGUUUUGUUCGUUCUGGAGAUGGAGUGGCUGCUGAGCACGGGCCAGGACAAGACCUUCACUUGGCACUGCUCAGAGAGCGGGCAGCAGCUGGGAUCAUACCACACCUCAGCCUGGGUGUCUGGACUGCAAUUCGAUGUCGAGACUCGACACGCCUUUGUCGGCGAUCAAUCGGGUCAGGUGACCAUCCUGAAGCUGGAGCAGGACAGUUGCAGCCUGGUGACCACCUUCAAGGGCCACACCGGUAACGUGACCGCACUGUGCUGGGACCCCUCCCAGCGGGUUCUGUUCUCAGGCAGCUCCGACCAUUCCAUCAUCAUGUGGGACAUCGGAGGUCGCAAAGGCACCGCCAUCGAACUGCAAGGGCACAACGACAAGGUGCAGGGCUUGUGUUACGCCUCGCACACUCGCCAGCUCAUCUCGUGUAGCGCCGACGGCGCCAUCGUCAUCUGGAACAUGGACGUGACACGACAAGAGACUCCGGAGUGGCUUGACAGCGACUCGUGUCAAAAGUGUGAGCAGCCUUUCUUCUGGAAUUUCAAGCAGAUGUGGGACACCAAGAAGAUUGGGCUACGCCAGCAUCACUGCAGGAAGUGUGGCCAGGCUCUGUGCGGCAAGUGCUCGUCCAAGCGCUCCACGAUCCCGCUCAUGGGCUUUGAAUUCGAGGUGCGCGUGUGCGACGGCUGCCACGCCUCCAUCACAGACGAGGAUCGUGCCCCCACGGCCACCUUCCACGACAGCAAGCACGCCAUUGUAUACUUGCACUACGAGCCCACCACAGGAUGCCUGCUCACCUCCGGCACUGACAAGGUGGUCAAGCUUUGGGACAUGACGCCUGUGGUAUCAUGACGUCGCCCCCCCCCGGCCAGGAAAAACUCCACACACCAACCGCGAGAUGGCAACCGUCUGCCUCGAGCAGGACGGGAAGGGAGGUGGAGGCCAUUUUGGAUGGUGGUCUUUCAUGGGUGGGGAGCCCUGUAAGCUCCGCGUAAGAGAUGUGUACAGUUUGUGAUUAUUUAUUAUUUAAGUGUGU